CAGAGACUGACACCACUCACAGCAGCUUGUACCUGAGAGUGAAGCAGAAGCUAAGUGACUGACCCCCACUGAAUCUCAGACAGCAGCAUCUCAUUUGGGGUCUCUGAAUAUCACCCAGUGAGAUGUGGACUCUGCUGCUGAUCCUCGGCUUCCUGAUCACAGACUCGGGACUCACAGACCCGUGUGUGGAUCACACCAUUCUGGACCAGGUCUGGAGGAGCGUAAAUUGUAUAUGGCCUGUGUGUUCUUGGCAGUGGAAGUGUGAUGGAAAUCUUCAGGGAGGAUGGUACCGAUUUAAAAGUUCUGGUGGAUGGAAGAUUACAGACUCUGUUGUCUCAGUGUUUUACUGCUCCACAUAUUCCCCAGGCUGGUUACAGGGUUCACAUCCCACCCUGGGACAGGGGGUGGUAACCAGGACAGUUUGUUUUACCUCGCUUUGGAAUCCCUGCUACUGGACCCGAGAGAUAAAGGUUAAAAACUGCAGCAGGUACUUCGUGUAUGAGCUGAAGCCGGCGCCAGGCUGUUCUGCUGCUUAUUGCACAGAUCCAAGGACAACACCAACUCCGGAAUCCGAGGUACACUCGGCUAAAACUUCCAGUGUCCCUGCAACAUCCAGCCCAACCACAUCGGAACUAGCAGAUUCAGGGAAAACACCAGCUCUGAAACCUGAGGUACUCUCGACUCGAGAAUCUCCUUUCCCUGCAUCAUCUCGUCCAGCAGGAUCUGCAAUUACUGACCCGGAGACGUCACACAAGGAGGGAUCUGAGGAACAAUGUAGUCGAGAAACCGCACGGAAACCAUCCUUUGUCAGAGUUGGAUCAUCAGACUCAGUGGUCCUGGACCUCAGCAACGUGGAUUGUGACCAGAUCAGUGCCGAAGUCCAAGUGAUGUACGUCGGGAAGAACAAACUGGACACUGGCGAGGAAAAGGAAGCCCAUCUCCGCCAGGUUCAUGAAACGCUGAAAAAUUAUCUUCCCUGCAAGAAGCUGGUGCCAAAAGUACAACAGGAUCCCGAUGAGGAGAAUGAAUGACAUGGAGGAUCAGGGUUGGUCGGCGAGUGGAUUCCAAACAGAUUUCUGGACUGACGGAGAGUCUCCAGGAGCAUGAGGGUGUGGGUGCAUUGGUGGGGGCGCAUGGGGCGGGGUGCUGUUUUUCGGGGAUUCUGUGCGAUUUUGGGUUU